AUGGGCGGCCACAGCACAGGGCUCCAGGUCCAUCCCCCGCUGCAGGAUCCCUUUGGGGAGGGCAGGCUGCCCCUGCCCCAUGCCCCGUGGUCUUUCCCACACUUGGGGACAGCGGCCAUCUCUCUGCAGCUCCUUGAACUUAACCUGUGCUGGGUGGUGCCCGAGACGCCUUUCCUCCCUUUGCCCUGGUUUUCUGCCUCAGCCCCCAGAGCAUCCCUGCCCAGCCCGGCCUCCCCCGCCCCCCACCCCGUGGGAGUCCCCACUCUGGGGGGCCCCGGCCGUGAGCACACCUGCCCGGGCGGAGCCGUGUGGCCGUCUGGCCUCAGCUCCCCACGGCACCGCCACCUCUGCCUCUUUCAGAAUGGCACCCAGAAAUCGUGGGACUUCAUGAAGACACAUGACAGUGUCACCGUGCUCCUGUUCAACUCUUCCCAGAGGAGCCUGGUGCUGGUGAAGCAGUUCCGGCCAGCUGUGUACGCGAGCGAGGUGGAACGCAACUUUCCUGGGUCCCUGGCAGCCUUGGACCAGGACCAGCCCCGGCUGCUGCCGGGGGCACUGCCCGGCUCGGCGGGCGUGACGUACGAGCUGUGUGCUGGCCUCGUGGACCAGCCUGGCCUCUCGCUGGAGGAAGUGGCCUGCAAGGAGGCACGGGAGGAGUGCGGCUACGACCUGGCGCCGGCCAACUUGCAGCGGGUGGCCACCUACAAGUCUGGCGUGGGACUGACCGGCUCCAGCCAGACCAUGUUCUACGCAGAGGUGACGGAUGCCCAUCGAAGCGGCCCCGGUGGAGGCCUGGCCGAGGAGGGCGAGCUCAUCGAGGUUGUGCACCUGCCCUUGGAUGGCGCCCAGGCCUUCGCGGACAACCCAGAUGUCCCCAAGACCCUCGGGGUCAUCUUCGGUAUCUCGUGGUUCCUCAGCUGCGUGGCCCCUGGCUUGGGUCCCCAGUGAGACUGCAGAGGGUCUGGCCAGAGGCCGGUCCUGGCCACCCACCCUGCAGACCCAAUAAAGGCUUAUGUGGCUCCA